AUGAAGCGAGGGGAGGCGCGGCGGGUGGACAUGGCGUGCAACGUGGAGGAGGAGGAGGAGGAGGUGGCGGCGGAGGACGCCAUGCGCGAGCAGGAGGCGUGGGAGCGCUCCUACGCCAACGACCGCUCCUGGGAGCAGGCGGCGAGUGAGGUGGACAUGAAGCCAUCGCGCAUGGCAGCCAUGGCGCGCAGCAGCGAGGCAUUCGUUCUCAACUUCUUCGACAGCAACCCGCUCAGCCACCUCGCCCUGCUGCUGCUGCGAGACGGCGUGGCCUCGCAGCUGUCAGAGCUCACCUCGCCGCCAGACGCGCACAUCAAGACGCUGCACGCCAACCUCUCCGCCUCGAGCCCCGCCUCCCUGCAGAACGUGGUGGAGGCGGUGGCGCACGUGCCGGCGUACGGCCACCGCGAGCUGCUGCUGCUCUUCGCCGCGCUCGCCUCCACCGACCCCGGCGACAUCCUGCCCGCCAUCCGCCGAGCGCGCGCCGCCCACCUGCGCUGCUCCAUCAUUGGCGUGGGCGGCGCCGAGGUGCACAUCUGCCGCCAGAUCGCCGAGCAGACGGGCGGCCGCUACAGCGUUGCCAUGGAUGACGUGAGGCCCGUGGGCCUGUGGGGCUCAUCUGAGGGAGCUCUGCUGAGCCACGCGCCGCCUCCACCGGUGCAGGCAGGCAGUGCGGGCAGUGCAGCGAGUCUCGUGCGAAUGGGCUUCCCCCAGCGCGCCCCCGAGGGAGCAGCAGCGCUGUGCGCCUGCCACAUGCACCUCCGCCUCGCUGCCACCUAUGUGUGCCCCAGCUGCAAGCGAAGGCCCAAUUUCGCCCACCUCAUGCCACUUGCCUUCCUUCCCCCUCCCUCCCCUCUCCUCCUCCCUCCUCCCCUUCCCUCCCUCAAACCUCUCCCGCCACCCCCCAGCUCGCGGGUGUGUGCGCUGCCAGCGGAGUGCCCUGAGUGUGCGCUCACACUCGUGUCCUCGCCACACCUCGCCCGCUCCUACCACCACCUCUUCCCCGUGCCGCCCUUCUCCGAGGUCCCUCUGCCGUCUGCUCCUAAUCGACCUGCUGGGUCGUCAGCCCCUGCCGCCCCGCACAGCGACCUGCCACCCGCCUGCUUCAGCUGCACUGCCGCGCUGCCUUUCAUCGGUGAGCACUGCCUUUCCUCGCUGAGCAUGCGCUGGUAA